CAUUUAAUUCAUUAAGUUUUACUUGGCAAUGAUCAAUACAUCAUCGUCCCUCUUGUCAGUUAUAGCAUUCCUCUGUAGAGUUUACUCUGUUGACUUAUUUCACUGAUCUUAUUGUUGUUGCCUUUGCAGCAAACAAACAAUAACGGUUCACCAAACCGAUCAUCAAUCAUACAUUCCUGGUGUAUUGUUUAAGAAAAGAUCCUAACUCGUGAAGUGUGUUUGGUAAAGUACCCACUGUGGUCUAUUAGAGGAACGCAAGAUGUCGCUCGAGACCACACAUUCAAUCGUGUUCAUUAAUGACCUAAAACUCCACCUCCACUGUCGGUGAAGGAAGAACCAGCCUGUACGUUUCGUAGGGGUUGGGUUAGUAAACCACUUCGUCUUGAAAGAUGGUUUCUAUAUGACGAGAGAUUGGCUGUCUUUUGGAUAUUGUCCUGUUUUUGUGGAUGAAUGAAGGUUUUUUGCCUGUAUUUCUUAUCUAAACGAAAAGGAUGCGUCGUCAACAGUACAGAGACGCCGUAUGGAUGUUGUGCGCCAUUCUUCUUUGUUUAUCUGACUGGUCUGCAGCUCAGAUUUCUUACUCCGUUUCCGAGGAGGUGGACAAAGGCACAGUGGUGGGGAAUCUCGUUAAGGAUUUAAACAUCAAUACACAGCAGCUGGAGGAACGGGGCUUUCGGAUUGUAUCAGGAUACAGUAAGAAAUAUUUCGAGGCAAAUUUAAGAACAGGAGCUUUGUUUGUUAACGAAAGGAUUGACCGAGAAGAGCUUUGUCCGAAUUCACCUAAAUGUUCCUUAAAUAUAGAGGGACUAUUGAGCCAUCCUAUGAAUAUUUAUCGCAUUGAGGUCAUCAUUAUUGACAUAAAUGAUAAUGCACCGUCAUUCCUCGAGCAAAUCCAUGUGUUUAAUAUAUCCGAGUCUUCUUCAUCUGGAGAGAGGUAUCCGCUCCCAAUAGCCCAAGAUUCAGACACAGGCAGCAAUUCAGUGAAAACAUACAAGUUAAGUCCCAACGAGCAUUUCGCCAUAGAUGUGAGUAGCGGAGGAGACAGUGCGUCUGCUGAGUUAGUGCUGCAGAAAGCUUUAGAUCGAGAGAAACAACCGAUUAUUAAACUAACAUUAACAGCUGUAGACGGAGGAAAACCUGUAAAAUCUGGCACUAUGCAGAUCCUUGUGAAUGUGAUUGACGUUAAUGAUAACACGCCUUCUUUUAGCAAGUCGCUCUAUAAAGUAAGAGUACGCGAAAAUGUACCAAUAAGUACAACAAUAUUGAAACUAAAUGCAACCGAUUUAGACGAAGGACCAAAUUCAGACAUCAAAUAUUCUUUAAUGAAAAGAGGGAAUGUGAACUCCGCUGGAAAAUUUACUGUCAUUCCUGAAAGCGGUGAAAUCAUUUUAAAUGCUAAUUUGGAUUACGAAGAAAGCAAUGCAUAUGAAUUAAGAGUACAAGCAACAGAUCAAAGGCGCUUCCCCGCGCAGUGGUUAUUCUAAAGUGCUGGUAGAGGUAAUCGAUGUUAAUGAUAAUGCACCGGAAAUCUCUAUAACUUCACUCAUGAGUCCAGUAAAGGAAAGUGCGGAAACUGGAACAG